GUGCAGAGUCAUCUUCUACCAUGACAGAUAAAGCAAAUAAAGUUUGAUUCGUAAUAUAAUACGAUUACGCAAUGAGACAAAUUUGCUGUCAACCCAAGGUUUUGAAAAUGUGGCCAACGUGGACAAAUUCUCCUUUUUGCGUCGUAUUCUGCGUUUAAUCACAUAGACGCGCAUCAUGUCUCAGCAGCCUCAGCCUGUAAUCACUACAGUGCCGUACGUGUGUGGAGAUGAAAGCCGGCGGCAAAGUUUACAUUUUAAUGUCACCUACGCUUGAAACACGGGGCCUGUUGAUUUGCCUGGUGCAUGAGGAGCAGCACAGGGGUUGCUCAGUUGUCAUAGAGACAAUUAUUAUUAGGAUGCUUAUGUAUGGAUUAUAGGUCAUGUAAUAUCAGGUGAUAACAGAGGGAGGUUUAUAACAUAAUUAAAACAUCUAAUUCCCAGAUGAUGUAUUAUGUAGUGUAAAUAAAUACACAAGCUUCACUUGAGCUGUUGCCCUUUGCUCAGUGUUAAACGGCUCCACUGGUAAUGACGCCGCCCGGCCUCCAUUUAGUUUACAUUCAUCCAUUUUGACAGGGUUGUAAUUUAGAGCCCUGGAGCCGGCAUGGCAGUAAAUCCUUGGAGAUAUCUGGUUCCAAGAGCGGAGACGGGGGGUAGAGAGGCCAAGACGGACACACAGACAGGUAGGUUACCAUGGUUAUCAGAGCAGAGAGAGAAGAAUGGAAGGUGAUGAACCUGUGUGUGUGUGAGUGUGCGCUCAAGAGCCAUAGGCAGACACUCAUUGUGUCCUUGUCAUUCAGUGAAUGUGAAAUCUAAACCCUGCCUUUAUCCAUCCCCUCUUCAUUUCCCUGUUGUUAUCUCACCUCAUUGUCACCCGCGAAAGCCAAAGGAGAAAACUCCAAAGCCAAAGUUAGUCCGACACACGAUGAGACCGUCUCAGCAAACGAUUUGAUGUUUAGUGAGCGUUGUUAUGGCAACGGACAUCCAUAUGAAGUGAGUAUGAAGUGAGUUUAGUUGUCUGUAGGCUUUUAAACAGUGCGUGCCACAGUAACCGAAGCCGUCACUGAGUCAUGUUAAAAAUGCCUGUAGUCCUGUUGGUCAUUCCAGUUGUUGGGUGAUGACAUGCAGAAGAUUUAAAGUGAGAUUCAUGGCAGAUGUUUAACCAGCUGUUGCUGCGUCUUUUGACACAAUCACUCAAACGACACUUCCGUCUGAUUAUAAAUCUGCAUCUGGCAACGUGUCAGGACGAAUGGUGUAGUUCUGGUAAUGUCAUUUAACUGAUGCAAUCUCAAGCGCUUCCUCUGCGAUUGAGGCAACAGGAAAAGGGAAAUUAAAUAUGUGUGAGACUGCAGCUAGAUUAAAAGCAGUAGCAUUUGGGAGCGCGAACCAAAGUAUGCGCUUAAAGUUGGAACAAAUGAAGUUUUCAUCUGAAUCCCUUGUGAUGCUCUAAAUCAGACACAGGAAGUGGCUGGUGUUAGCUGUCUCCAGUCAAGGUAAAAUGACACAAUUAAACGUUGCACAGUCUCCCACACACAUUUGUAUCUGGCCACGGACUGUUCCCGGUUGCGGAUCAAAAGCCUGUAAUAAGCAAGUUGUUGGCUGGCUUUCUUGGCAGAAGCAGGAGGCGGUAGUUAUAAGCGGUGCGGAGAAGGACCGUAACCAAUGUGUUCAUCAAAGCAACUGUUUUCCUCUCGCACUAAAGCCUUAACUAGGCUUGUUUUUAUAUUGGCGUGUGGUGGAAAUAUUUGCUGGGUUGGAGGUGCACGCAUUCGGUUCGCUCCUCUGAGGAGAAGCAGUAGGCAGUUGUUGAGGCUUCAUGUGGCUUCAUUUUAGGGUCGUAUCCUCUUUAAUGUCUGCUGAUUGAAUUAAAGCUGCAUCUCACCAGAACACCAGAGGCCACACAGACUCCAACAGAGUCUCCACUUCAUCAGGAGUCUGUGCACUACACACGGUGAAUCAGGCCUUUAUCAAAUCAUGGCUUACUGUACAGUAAGUGUACACAGAUUCUCAGUUACUAAGAGGCGUGUGGGUUUGACUGAGUGUGUUAUGAAAUGAGUAUCUGUGUGAGAAUGCGUACACGUGUGACAGAGAGGCUUUGCCUGCCUCAGAUGUUCUUCACAGUUAACAUCUGCCCCAACAGCUGGACACACAUUCAGACUGUGCACAAGUUUCUCCAGUGCUUCUCUCCCCGUCUGUCUUUGUAUACAGUUACAGUACACGUAUCGGCAUCUGUGUUUAUGUGCGUGCAAGUGUAAAAUGCUGCGACCUUUCAUCAGAACCUGGCUGUCUGAUGAGAUGCCAUGCCUUUGUGUGUUCGCAUUUUUUGUUAAUUCAGUUUUUUCGUGCAGACAGGAAAUGUGAAACAUGUGUAUGCGAGGAGCAUUCCAGUACUUUUAGUUCUACAAGCGUGAAACCAUUGAAACAACACAGAUGUGUCUGCUUUCAAGUGUAAAAAAAACACUGACUAGAGUUUGCAUUCUGACUUAGGGCUGUGAUUCCUGUCACUGUUUACUGAAUUUAGUACUUUUCUACCAUUGAUUGUUGUAACAAUCGGGUCGCCCCUCACCUUGGCCACGCCCAUUUAUUCAUUUUACUUCCUGGUUCACUACCUGGUCUUGGUUUUCAUCCUAAACGUUAGACCAAAGCUGCCAAACGAAUAUGUAAUAUAAAUUAAAUAUUAUAGUUUGUCUGUUAGUUAGUAUGUUCAGUUACUUAACACAGAGUCUGAAAGUUAUCCUGUAAGUUGAUACUUUAUUUAGCUAGGCCUGUUAGCUUGGUUUUGAAUUUGUUUGUUGGCCCAUUAACGCUUUAGCUAGUUGGGCGUUAGCCUGUUAGCUUGUUAAUCAUUCCGCUACCUAAUUAGCCCGUUAGCUUGUGGACACUACACCUUUCGCAUUUGUGCUGGCUGUCGAUGUAGAGGGUCGUUGCUGCACUUUGUUGAAGGACUGUUCCCGGCAGUGCUGAACCUGGCAUCAAUGGCAGACAUAACAGCUAACGCUACCUGUGGUUCAAUGGGUCCAGAAAUGUUCUGUAAACUGGUGGAACACGUACCAGGCCAGCCCGUUACAAACCCUCAAUGUCGGAUAUGCAACCAAAAAAGCCAAAUACCACUUGAGCAUCAUCCCAUAGAAUAUGCCAUUGACGGGACCAACCGCUGGUGGCAAAGUCCGUCUAUACAAAAUGGAAUGGACUACCACUAUGUGACUAUCACGCUGGACUUGAAACAGGUGUUCCAGAUUGCUUACGUGAUUGUCAAGGCAGCCAACUCACCUCGCCCAGGUAACUGGAUCUUGGAGCGCUCAGUGGAUGGCGUUACCUUUGACCCCUGGCAGUACUACGCUAUCACCGACACAGAAUGCCUGACACGAUUCAACAUUAAUCCACGCAAAGGACCUCCAUCAUACACAAGAGACGAUGAAGUUAUCUGCACAUCUUUUUAUUCAAAGAUCCACCCCUUGGAGAAUGGAGAGAUCCACGCGUCUUUGAUCAAUGGGCGUCCCAGUGCAGAGGACCCCUCCCCGACCCUGCUGAACUUCACCUCCGCCCGCUACAUCAGGCUGGUGUUUCAGCGAAUCAGAACGCUGAACGCUGACCUCAUGACUCUGACAUUUCGAGACCCCAAAGAAAUUGAUCCAAUUGUGACAAGACGGUACUACUAUUCAAUUAAGGACAUUUCCAUUGGAGGGAUGUGUAUCUGCUACGGCCAUGCCAAAGCCUGUCCACUCAACACUGUUACAAAGAAGUUUAGUUGUGAAUGUGAACACAACACAUGUGGGGAGAGUUGUGAUCGCUGUUGCCCUGGUUACAACCAGCAGCCCUGGAUGGCAGGAACCUUCCUCACUCGACAUGUCUGUGAAGAGUGUAAUUGCCACGGUAAGGCAGACGAGUGCUACUUCAAUCAGACCGUAGCAGACUUAUCGCUCAGCCUGGACACCCGUGGCAAACGCAGGGGGGGUGGAGUUUGUAUUGGAUGCCGUGAAAAUACGGCUGGCAUUAACUGUGAGAGCUGCGUGGCUGGACACUACAGACCUACUGAGGUAAGCGCUGAGGAGGAGAACCCUUGCGUCCCCUGUGAAUGUGACCCACAAGGUUCUAUCAGCCAGUCAUGUGUUGCCGAUUCAAGCCAGGCUACAUCCACCCAGCCAGCAGGGUCAUGCCGGUGUAAGGAGGGUUUUGGGGGUCUGCAAUGUGACAGGUGCGCUGUGGGUUAUAUGGGCUACCCGUCCUGUCAACGCUGUAACUGCAGUGUGGAAGGGAGCAGCAACGAUGACCCAUGUGUGACACCCUGCGUGUGCAAGGAAAACGUUGAGGGAGACAACUGUGACCGCUGUAAACUGGGGUUCUACAAUCUCCAGGGUGACAAUCGACGUGGUUGUGAGAAGUGCUCCUGCAUGGGCAUCGCUAGUCAGUGUUCUGCCUCCGCUUGGGCCUAUCAAAACGAGACCACACUAACAGGCUGGCACCUGAUCGGUGACACGGGAGAGAAAGUGUGGACUGUUCACAGGCACACGCCUCCGUACCUGAGUGUCCGACACGCAGACGUUGUAAAUGGCCUCGGCUCUGUCUACUACUGGAACGCUCCUGAGCGAUACCUGGGGAACAAGCUUUCAGCAUAUGGAGGGAGUGUGGUCUUCACUGUGUCCUAUUCCACAGACCAGCCAGAUGAAAUGGCCAUUAGAGUCAGCUCAGAACCCGACCUGAUCAUAGAAGGUGGUGGGAUCAGGAUUAUAGACAGAAGAUUUGGCCAGCCCGUGUACCCAUCAUCACCAAGCACCAAGCACGUUGCUCUGCUGCCAGAGAACUUCCUAGUUGCAGAGACAGCCCAGCCGAUAACUCGAAGGGAUUUCCUGUCUGUGUUAGCCAAAGUGGACAGAGUGAUGGUCCGGGCCUCUUACAGCACAGAGUUCAGUGCUGUAUACAGACUUCACUCGUUCUCCAUGGAAGUAGCUAAUCCCUCCGCCAGAGGCGAGAAGACUGCAUCAGCUGUAGAGAUGUGUUCUUGUCCUGCAGGAUAUGCUGGAACUUCCUGUGAGGCAUGUAUUUCAGGCUUUCGGAGGGUUAAUGGUAAUCUGUACAACGGCGUAUGUGAAGCCUGUCGUUGCCAUGGACACGCGACGCGGUGCCACCAGGUCACGGGACACUGCCUGGACUGCUCACACCACACCACAGGCCUCUACUGUGAAACCUGCCUUUUUGGUUAUUAUGACAACGCCACCCGUGGGUCUCCCGCUGACUGCCAGCCUUGUGCCUGCCCACUUACUCUCUCUAGCAACAGCUUCAGCCCCACCUGCCACCUGAGUGAAGGAGGAGAGUUGCUGUGCAACCAGUGUCGGCCUGGAUACGCAGGACCACGAUGUAACAGAUGUUCCAAUGGAUACCAUGGCAAUCCCACUGUACCAGGAGGCUCCUGCCAGCCCUGUGAUUGCCAUGGAAACCUGGACCUAUCCAUACCAGGCAGCUGUGAUCCAACCACCGGCCAGUGUCUGCGCUGUCGCCAAGGUUAUGGCGGUGCAUCGUGUGAUAGCUGUGCUGAGGGUUACUACGGCGACGCCAUCACAGCAAAAAACUGCCAGCCCUGUCAGUGCCAUACUAAUGGAUCUGUAUCUGAAGUCUGCAGUCAGGAGACUGGACAGUGCCAGUGCAGAGAAAAUGUGGUUGGACGACAGUGUGACGAGUGCAUGCCUAAUUGCUGGUGGGAUGCUGAGCGUCAGGAGUGUAUGCCCUGCCGCUGCAGCCGUCACGGCUCCAUAUCCCAACGUUGUGAUGUCGAGGGCCGCUGCAUCUGUCGCCCCGGCUACGUGGGCCGACGCUGCGACCUGCGUCGCCAGAGUUACGAGAGGCGGGAGACGCGGCGGCCGGUGGAGCGGGUUCCCUUGGAAGCGGCGCACGCGAGAUUGGGAGGGUUGACUCGAAGCGGGGGAUGUCCCCGGGGGGCGUACAGGCCCAGGACGGGGCCUCAGACUCACGGCAUCACUACAGGUGGAGCGUGUGUCCCGUGCCACUGCAACUCAUUCGGCUCCAAGUCGUUUGAUUGCGAUGAGACCGGUCAGUGCCGCUGUCAGCCGGGCGUGAGCGGGCCCAAAUGUGACCGAUGCUCACAGGGAUUCUUCAACUUUCAAGAGGGAGGCUGCACACCUUGUCAGUGCAGUCAUGUGGGCAAUAACUGUGAUGCCAACACGGGACAGUGCAUCUGUCCCCCAAACACUAUUGGUGAGAGGUGUGACCGCUGCGCUCCAAACCACUGGGGCCAUGACAUCACGACUGGGUGCAAGGAAUGUGGUUGCAGCGUGAUCGGCUCAGUGACCCAGCAGUGUAACGUCAACACAGGCUGCUGCUUCUGUCGUGACUCCUUCAGAGGAGAGAAAUGCAAUGAAUGUCAAAUUGGAUACAGGGACUUCCCACAGUGCACACAGUGCGAGUGUAACCUACCAGGAUCGGACACCCAGACCUGUGACAUGGAGAGAAAAGUGUGUGCCUGCGCUGAUCGAACUGGGAAAUGUAGCUGCAAGGUGAAUGUGGCAGGACACAACUGUGACCAGUGCAAGCCAGAUACAUUUGGGUUGUCUGUUCGAAAUCCGCUGGGCUGCAGCAAAUGUUACUGUUACGGCCUGACACACUCCUGCACAGAGGCACAAGGGCUCAUCAGGAUGUGGUUGACGCUGAAGCCAGAGCAGACUGUGCUCACCCUGGUGGAUAAGUCCAACACGGUGGAGACCAGGAGAGGAGUGAGCUUCCAGCACCCAGAGAUCCUCGCUAAUGCAGACCUGGUCACCGAAAGCGUCUCGGAGCCUUACUACUGGAAACUGCCUGAGCAGUUCAAAGGGUCUAUGAUCACCGCAUACGGUGGGCAGUUGAAAUAUGCUGUGUAUUACGAGGCCAGAGAUGAAGUUGGUCCUUCCUCCUAUGAGCCUCAGGUUAUCAUUAAGGGCGGUCCUAACCACAACAUCCUGAUCACACGCCACAUAACAGGACUCCAGAUUGGUCAGCUCACGCGCCAUGAGAUCGACAUGACAGAGCAUUUGUGGAAAUAUGCAGAUGGCAGGUCUAUGACUCGAGAGGACUUCAUGGACGUUUUGUUCUAUGUGGACUACAUCCUAAUUAAGGCAGCACACGGCAACCUAAUGAGACACAGCCGUAUUUCAGAGAUCAUUCUCACAGUGGCUGAGGAAGGACGUCCGACCCGAGAGAGUGAGAAAGCUCAUCAGAUCGAGAAGUGUGACUGUCCAGUCGGAUACUCCGGCUUUUCUUGUGAGGAGUGUGCUGCAGGGUUCUACCGCCUCCGUGCCGGCUCCCUGGCACCGGCCCCGGCGUCCAGAGUGCCCACCGCUGCCGGCAUGGGCAGCUGCGUUCAGUGCCAGUGCAGUGGGCACUCGUCCACCUGCGAUCCAGAGACGUCCAUCUGCCAGAAAUGUCAGGACAACACAGAAGGCGAUCGCUGUGAACGCUGUGCUCCUGGGUUCUAUGGAGUGGUGCGAGGUUCCCCUGACGACUGCAAACCCUGCGCCUGCCCCCUCACCAACCCAAAGAACAAUUUCAGUCCUACCUGUGUGGCCGAGGGAUUUGAUGACUACCGAUGCACAGCCUGUCCUGAGGGAUAUGAGGGCAAAUAUUGUGAGAGGUGUGCCACCGGUUACCAUGGUAACCCACGGACGCCAGGAGGCCACUGCGAGGAGUGUAAGUGUUCCUCGUGGGGGGCGUUGCCAGGACCGUGUGACCCUGUUACCGGCCAAUGCAGCUGCAGGGCCGGGGCGCUUGGGAGGUCGUGCGAGCAGUGCAUGGACAGGCAUGUGUGUGGACCCACUGGGAUCAUCUCUUGUGAUGACGAGUGCUCGGGCCUGUUGAUCAGCGACAUGGACCGUCUGUAUCGCAUCAUCACUGAAGUCACUCUGACCACCCCCCUCCCGCCACCUUACAAGCUGCUGUACCGCUUUGAGAACAUGACCGAGGAACUAAAGCACAUGUUGUCGCCUCAGAGAGCUCCAGAGAGAUUACUGCAGCUGGCCGACUCCAACCUCGGAUCACUUGUCGUUGAGAUGGACCAGCUACACAGCAGGGCCACCAAGGUGUCUGCUGAUGGAGAGCAGGUUGAAGAUGAUGCCGACAGGAUUCAUAAGCGAGCCGAUGACCUGGAGCAGUUCAUCAGGGACACGCUGCUGGGAGCUAAAGACCUCCAGCUGAAGGCUGAGGAGCUGAACCGGACCCUCUCCCGGGGAGACGGAACCCCGGAGAAGAGCCUGAAAGAGAUGAAGGAGGACAUCCAGGCCAUGCUAGCAGAGAUGAGGAGGCGACAGCUAGGAGGGAAGAAGGGCAUCGCGGAGGAGGAGAUGGCCCUCGCAGAGGAGUUGUAUCAGAAGGUCAAGAGGAUGUUCGGCGAUCCUCAUCAGGCCACAGAAGACCUGAAAUCCGAGAUAAAAGGCAAGCUCUCCGACCAUGAAGGGAAACUCCGGGAGGCCGAGGACCUGCUUCACUCUGCACAGGGAAAGACGAGACAGGCUGCUUCACUCACAGAACAAAACCAGGCCAACCUCACAGCCCUGGAGAGGAAGCACUCUGCAGUCAGUGGGGUGAAACAGGAAGCACAGAAAGUCCUUGGAGAGGCAGAGGAUCUACUGGAUGAAGCCAACCAGCUUUCAGACAACAUCAACAAAGAGAUAGAGGACUUGCAGGAGAUGGAAAGAGAGCUGGAUCCUCUUCACGACCAGCUGGACGAUAGAGUCAGUCACCUCACCAGUGGUCUGAGUAACGGCAGACUGGCUAAUCACGUGCUCAACGCAAAAGAACAUGCUAAGCAGCUGAACGAGUCUGCUGCCAUCCUGGAUGGUAUUUUGGCUGAAGCUAAAAAUCUGUCUUUCAAUGCAACGGCUGCCUUCAAGGCCUACACGAACAUAAAGGCCAACAUUGAUGCAGCAGAGAAAGAAGCAAAGGCAGCAAGACAGACGGCAAAUGAGGCUCUGGCGCUGGCUUUAGGCCCAGAAGUCCCAGUAAAGGAAGCAGCUCGAGUUGCACUGCAAAAAAGCCACAGUUUGUUGAAUGAAGCUAAUCAACUGCACAAGGAUGUCAAAGCGAAUGCAGAUAAUGUGGCCGGGCUCAAGGGCAGAGUUAAAGCUGCGAGAGACAAAACCAAAGACCUGCUCAAAGCUGUCAAUGGAACCAUAGCAACGCUCCACACCAUCCCCAACGACACUGCAGCUAAGCUAGCAGCCACCAAGGCUGUGGCAGCAGACGCUAACGCCACAGCGUUGGACGUCCUCGAGCGCCUCAGGGAUCUGAACCUGCGGAUCCACGGCCUGAAGAGGAACUACAGCGAGCUGGAGGAUAAUGUGAAUGCAGCCAAUCAGAUGAUCCAGGACCCAGAGAAAAACAUUCAUGCUGCAGGAGCUAAGGUGAAAGACCUGGAGGAUGAAGCCGACAGGCUGCUGGAGAAGCUGCAGCCAAUCAAGCAGCUGCAGGACAACUUGAGGAGGAACAUCUCGCAAAUCAAGGAACUGAUCAACCAAGCCAGGAAGCAAGCGAACUCCAUCAAAGUGUCUGUGUCGUCGGGUGGAGACUGUCUGCGUAGUUACCGCCCCGAUAUCAGGAAAGGAAGGUACAACACCAUCAUCCUUCAUGUUAAAACCACCACACCUGAUAAUCUGCUGUUUUACCUGGGAUCAGCCAAAUAUGUGGAUUUCUUGGCCUUGGAGAUGCGUAAGGGGAAGGUGUCCUUCCUGUGGGAUGUGGGCUCAGGCGUGGGCCGCGUUGAAUAUCCCCAUCACACCAUCCACGAUGGGAACUGGCACAGAAUCGAGGCGUCACGUAAUGGUUUGAAUGGCACUAUAUCAGUAUAUCCUCUGGAAGGCCCCAUGGCUGGUAUGAUGCCUACUCCAGCCAGCUCCACCUCACCCGCAGCCUUCACCAUCCUGGACGUGGACCAGAACGCGUACCUGUUUGUAGGAGGAAUAAUCGGAACAGUCAAGAGGGCUGAUGCUGUAAGAGCGACAACAUUCACAGGCUGCAUGGGGGAGACAUUCCUGGAUGGGAAGCCUAUCGGGCUGUGGAACUACAGAGAGAGACAGGGAGACUGUAAAGGAUGUGUGGUCAGCCCCCAGCGCUCAGAAGGCGAAGGCACCGUCCAGCUGGAUGGUGAAGGCUAUGCUGCAGUGGGCAGACCCACCAGGUGGAAUCCCAACGUUUCCACCAUCACCUUCAAAUUCCGCACCUUCUCCUCCGACGCUCUGCUCAUGUACCUGGCCACCGCAGAUAUGAAGGACUUUAUGUCCCUGGAGCUGUCAGAGGGCAAAGUCAAGGUGAACUUUGACCUGGGGUCAGGAGUUGGCAGAGCCAUAUCAGCUAGCCGCCACAACGAUGGGCACUGGAAGUCCCUCACCAUGUCCCGGAACAAGAAACAAGCCACGGUGACCGUUGUGGACGUCGACAGUAGUAUUGAGGAGAAGAUCGUGGCCACGUCACAAGGUUCUGCUACUGGGCUCAAUCUGAAGGAAAAUCAGAAAAUAUACUUUGGAGGCCUGCCCACAAUUGGAAACUACAGCAUGGCAGCCAGGUCAGAGGUCAUACUGAAGCGGUAUGCAGGUUGUCUUCGUGACAUUGAAGUCUCAAGGACUCCAUACAACCUUCUCAGCAGCUCAGAUUACACUGGGGUCACUAAAGGAUGUAAUGUAGAGAACCUCUACACAGUGAGCUUCUCUAAGCCGGGGUACAUGGAGCUGGGAGGCCUGUCUCUGGGGGUGGACACAGAGAUCAGCCUGUCGUUCAGCACUCUGGCAGAUACAGGGACCAUACUGCUGGCAGUGGGCGGCGCUUCAACACACAGCCACACGGGCCGGAACGCGAACCCUGCCGGCUCCAAGAGGAGACGCAGACAGUCAGGAGAGCCCCAUCUCUCAGUCAUGCUGAACAAAGGCUCUCUGGAGGUCCUUGUGUUUACCGGCAGCCACAAUCCCCGACGUGUCACCAGGCGGCCAGAGCAAGGCGCACUGAAUGAUGGAAGGGAGCACUCGCUGCGCAUAGAGAGGCUCGCUGGCAGGUCAUUUACAGUUCAGGUUGAUGAGGAGGCAAAGAGGGAGGCGCCGCUUCCCAACGACCAGCCAAUCGGCUUGCAGCGCAUCUUCCUCGGUGGUAUUCCUGCAGAAGUGGAGCAGGCGACGAACAGAGCCAACGUCCCAUUCCAGGGAUGUAUAUGGAACCUCAUGAUCAACACCGUUCUCUCAGAUUUCUCCCGGCCUGUGUCCUUUGACAACGCUGAGAUUGGCCAGUGCCCCAACCUUGCUCCACCCCCGCCCGCACCUGCUCCAACAGACGAAAAGGAGCCCGAGGAGGAAGAGAUGGAGCCCAAACCCGUCGGCCCCACUCCGAGUCCCGCUCCGUUCAAACCCCAUCGAGAGCCUUCUGCUGAGGCCACGCCCCCUGCUCCACCUGUUGUCACGCCUACAGCUGCUGCUGCCCCGCCCACUGCUAAACAGGAAGCCAGCGCCGACUUGGACUCCUGUGCAUCAGCUGUGGCUCCGACGGCGCUGGAGGCGGCCUUUCAGUUCGGACUGACCAGAAACAGCCACAUGAGCUUCAACUUCAAUGACACCAAAGUCCGAGAGAGGCUCAUACUGGAGUUCGAUCUGAGAACCAAGGAGGAGUCCGGCCUCGUCCUCUACAUGGCGAGAAUCAACCACGCUGACUUUGUUUCCAUCCAGAUCAAAGAUGGGCAGGUCUGUCUGGGUUAUGACCUCGGUCAUGGAAACAUAUCUGGAUGCGUCCCUUACUCCAUCAACGACGGGAACUGGCACAAGAUCCGUGUCAAUCGUAACAAGCAGAGAGGUCUUCUCACGGUGGAUGGGCGGUACACUAAACAGAUGACCAGUCCAAAGACGGCUGACCUGCUGGAUGUGGUGGGAGUGAUUUAUGUUGGUGGACUGCCGCAAAACUACGCCACUAAAAGAAUAGGACCAAUUCUCUAUAGCAUCAAUGGGUGCAUCCGUAACUUUAAGAUGGUGGGAGCUCCUGUGAGCAGCAAGGCGUCAGGCCGCUCUGACGCUGCCUGGGAGGACUUCCAGUUCAACAUGGCCACGCCCACUGCCCGUCACAUGGUGGGCAGGUGCUUCGUUUCCACAGAGACGGGGACCUACUUCGAAGGCACCGGUUUCCUAAAAGCAGUGUCUCCUUACAGAGUGGGUCUAGAUGUCUCCAUGUCGUUCGAGUUCCGAACCAGCAGAACCAGUGGAGUACUUCUGACCAUCAGUAACCAAGUUAGCGAUGGACUGGGACUAGAGAUCGCAGAGGGCAAGCUGCUCUUCCAUGUCGACAACGGAGCUGGACGCAUCACGGCAGAGCACGCGCCCGACGGCGAGGGCUUCUGCGACGGACAGUGGCACUCGGUCGUCGCCAGGAAGAUUCGCCACAAGGUGGAGCUGGUGGUGGACGAGAAGCAGAGCCAAGCGGAGAGUCCGAACCCACGCUCCAACACAUGUGACACCAACGACCCCAUCUACGUUGGAGGGUUCCCGGAUGGCGUCCGACAGGUGGCGCUGUCCACCAACACUCCCUUCCAAGGUUGUAUGAGGAACCUGAAGAUCAUGAAGGCUGCUAAGACCAUGGACGUGCAGUUCAACAAGGCUUUGGAGCUUAAAGGAGUCCAGCCUCUGUCCUGUCCUGCUGCAGCUGCCUAACUGAAGCCGCAUCACUGCAAGGCGUUCCUCAGAUACGACACACACACACACGUAACAUUUUAAUCUGUCAAUCUGCUCUGGGAACAUUUGGCUGAUAUUAUUUUCCCAGUAUAAUCAAACCCGUACUGAACUGUGCUAAUGUACAAUGUAGAGACCAUGUACUAACAUUUUGGUUCCUCUUUGAGCCUCACAGUUAGUGUCACAACGUACUGAGGUCUCCAAACAUGAAGCACUUUUAAAUCAAACUAAUUAAACUACAGCAUGAGUUCAAUUCCCUCUGAGAGCUUUAGAUCACUGCCUAACCCGACCUCUGCAUGUUGGUGACCUAAAACAGGAGUGGUGUGUUUCUGUGCCUUUUACUACUUAGAAAUGAGACACAAUUGGCGUAACUUAUGUAAACCCAGAAACACUUAACCAUAAAUUGACAGACUCUCACAACAAAGUGAUCAAUAAAUGUGUAUUGGCUAAAAA